AUGGACACAAUAGGCAGAAAAUCAGCUGUUUUUGGAGAAUCUCAGAAAUACCUACUUGAAAUACAAGAACAAAUAAACCGAAUAAAAGAAAGUAACACCCCAUCAAGCAUUGAUGAGCCAAGAGCACUUAAAAGGAAAAAUACUGAAACACUUCACCUUAAUAAUUUAAUAGAUGAAAAACCUUGUGACGAAAAAUAUUUAUUUAAUCAAGAAAAUCGCUGAAGAGUUGCUUGAGAUAUACUGAUCAUAAUUUCUGUUUUGCAUGAAGGAUUUAUUAUACCUUUUUCUCUAGCAUUUGACUAUACUCUUAGUAGCUCUUAUUUGAAUUUUGAAAUAGCAAUUUCAUUGAUUUUUUUUGUUGAUAUUGGCCUUUGCUUUAAUACGACGUUUUUUAGAAGUGGGAUUACAAUAAACAGUCGAAAACUAAUUACUAUUAAUUACUUGCAAAGUUGAUUUAUUUUGGACAUAAUAUCUUCAUUUCCCUACGAAAUCAUUAUUUCUGGCUCACCCUCUGCAAGUUUGUUGAAAAUACUUAAAUUAAUAAGAUUUUUAAGGAUUUUUAAACUAGCAAGGGUAUUGAAGUUAAGAUCAAUUUUUGUUAAGAUUGAAGAAAUUUUAUCUAGUGAAUUAUUUUCUGUUUUUAUUGUAAUUGCCUGAACAAGCUUAACUUACUUACUUACUUACUUACUUAAUUAUCUGGUGUUUAAGGUGUAUAGUGCCGCAGCCCAAAAAGGACCUAUGGCAAAAAACUAGUGACGUAGGCGAGCCAUCUUGGAACAGGUCAGCCCUGGCCAAGCCUUCUAUCAACUCCUGCUUCACCAGCCUUGCUGCAUGUCUCACCCGGCGCGAUGCCGUCGCCCUUGUCUCGACUCAGCUCCUGCGCGUGUUCCCGCCUAAGGGUCAUCCUCUCGUGGGGAUGUGCUGAGAGGUAAAAGCCCGAAAUCUUGAGAGGACUGAGGAGCAGUUCCUCUGGUUAUCCCCAGAGUUAAACCGCUAUUGCUGUCCAGAAGUUCUCGAGUGAAAACCUAACCCUAUAAAUAAAAUUCCAUGAGGGAGAGAAAAUUAGCAAAGCUAAUUUCUCUCGAACCGAAUGCCAUUUUAUUUAUGCCUGAACAAGCUUAACAAUAUUUUUUAUAGCUCAUUGAUCAGCUUGCACAUUUUAUGCUUUCAGCAAAGCUUCACAAAAUGAUUCAAGAGGUUCUUGAAUAUUUCGUAUAGAAUUAGAAGAAGAGAUGGGGAUUUCUUUACAAGAAAAGUACAUAACGACUCUCUAUUGAGCUUUUACUACCAUGUACACAGUAGGAUACGGAGACAUUCAUGCUUUAAAUUCCAUUGAAAGGCUUGUUGCUAUCAUGUGUAUGGUUAUUACAUGUGGUUAUUAUGCAUAUCUUUUGGGAAAAAUCAGUAGUAUUGUAAUGGCAUCCCAUCAGUCAGAUCAAAAAAAAAGAGACAUAACACUAGGUGUCAAUCGAUACAUGAAAAAGCUUAGGCUUCCUAAAGAACUGCAGGAUAAAGUGAAACGAUAUAUUGAUUAUGUAGGAUUAGAGCAGGAGUCUUGCUUUGGUGAAGAAGAUGUGCUUAAGCUUUUAAGUGACAACCUAAGAGAUGAAAUUUCUUCAAGAACGCACGGCAAAAUUUUGUUGCGAUGCAGGGUUUUCCCAAAGUUUUUUCCUUUGAGUUCGAUUACUUCCAUGACAAAAUUAUUAAGAUUAGAAACAUUUGCACCAGGAGAUGGAAUAUUAGCAGAAGGUGAAAGAAGUAGAAAACUUUAUUUUAUUUCAACAGGAUCUGUCAACAUUUUUCAUCAAAAUACAGGCUGUGCUUAUAUAAUUCUUAAUAAAAAUGAAAUAUUCGGUGAAAUAGGUUUUUUUACAGGCCAUAGAAGGACAGCUUCAGCCCAAUGUGAAAGCUUUACUGAAGUGAUGACGUUGGACUGAGUCAUGGCGAUUGAAAAACUCCAAAAACAGCCUGAAAUUUUUGAUCUUUUUCAAUUUUUCAAAGUUUCAUGUGAAGAUAAUAAUUAUAAAAUUCUGGGGAUACAGUGUUAUUUUUGCAAUGAAAAUGGGCAUGUCGCAAAAAAAUGUACAAAUAUGGUCAUUAGCUCCAGAGUGGAUAUGAAAACUGUAGAAGAGUACAGAGCUCGCCACAGAAUGAUAAACCCAUAUACGGGUUCUAGAGCUAAGCGAAGAACGAGAAGAAUUCAGCGCAAAUUUGAUAAAAUAAAUAUAGUUGGUAUAGAAAGAGAGCCUGAAGAACAAUUUCCUCUGAAUUUGAAUUUACAAAAAAAAAUUUAUAAUUAUCAUACGAGAAAAGACACGAAAACUCAGUCCAGGCGUGAAAGAAAAACAAGCAUCCAAGUGAUCUGUGACGAUUCUGAAGAUGAAGAGCUCAAAGACUUAACAUUAAUAGAUACAAAAAAACAAAGAGAUGACUCUACAUAUUAUUGUGAUGAUCCCUCAAAUUCUUCUGCCUCCUCCAAACACUAA